CUACAAGGUUGCAACAUGACCAUAUGACAGACUAAAUGUCCUAAUACGAUUAGUAUCAAAAAUGGAAUCAAUCUUAGCUGGAUAUGUAUCGGGCUAUUUAUGAUCAGUUUUGACUAGGUUAAUGGCGUAAUAUGACGACAAGGUCAGUGCUUGGUGUGUCGUGUUUGAAAAUGUCAGCAGAUGGUGCUCUUCAUGAAUUCCUAGUAAGAGAAAAGGAAGAAUUGCGCGGGCUAGAAGACGAUUUAGAUUUUACACCAAAUGGUGAGAAUAAUGCUGCUGAACACCUUCAAGUAAACGAGGAACCGGAGUGCGUAAAACUUUGGGCCAUAAGUUUUAAGAAGCGGAUAGAGGUCAAAGACGAUGCUGAACGUAAAAGCAUGUUCAUGCUAGAAGAACAAGGACUCAAAGAUUUGCAUGAGUGGGCACUUCAGUACCGCGAUUCUCUUGCUCGAGGACAAAAACUCAGCCGCGCUCAUGACAAAGAACUUCAAAGUGCUCGACAAAAAGCUGCAGAAGCAUCAGCCAGAAUGUCACAGGUGGACGCUGGCCAAGCUGUUUUAUGGGAAAAAGUUUGCCAGUUGUGUAAUUUCGUCACUUCUGGUAACGAAGAAACAACAAACGUUCACACCGUCCCGAUAAAUACGAAGGAUAAUCAGCGAGACUUGAACAGGAUGCGUGUGCUCCUUCUGCAGUUGAAGAAGAGUCCCCCGGCAAUACAACCUAGAAUCCGAUCCCAUUAAUCUACAAGCUUACUUUUAUUGAAGUGCAAUAUUAUAUUUAGAAACUGAUCUCAAUUAUUUAGCUUCAUGUGACUACCAAGUAUACAUUCCAAUUGUUAUAUGACCAUCUUUAUCUGUGUUUACAAGUAUAUUCUUAGUAAAACUGA